AAAUGGCUAUCGUAGCCAGCUAACAAACUGAUCAUGUUGACAGUUGCUUUAUUAAAAUUACAUAGCUAAUUACCAAACUAAAAACCACAAUUUACAUAAAAUAUUCAGCAAUGGCUAAUGUAUUUAACCAUCUUAAACAUCAGUAGUUAUUUAACCAUCCUAAACAUGAGUAGUUAUUUAGCCAUCUUAAACAUGAGUAGUUAUUUAAUCAGUUUAAACAUUAACCCAGUAGUUAUUUAACCAGCUUAAAAAUUAGUAGUUAUGUUUAUAUAUAUAUAAUCAAAUCGACGAUUAUCCUUAACUAACACAUAACUAACUAACUAAUCCUUAACUAACACACAACUAACUAACUAAUCCUUAACUAACACCUAACUAACUAACUAACUAACUGGCAAUCGGAGAUCGUCUGCGCUGCUAUGAAUGGGAAACAGCCCGCGAGCGUGGUGUUCAAGGUGUACUGCCUGACGGUGAUGACGCUGGUGGCGGCGACCUACACCGUGACCCUGCGGUACACCAGGACGGUGUCGUCGGACAUGUACUUCUCCACGACCGCGGUGUGCAUGGCUGAAGUCAUAAAACUGGCCCUCAGUUUGGGAAUGCUGGCCAGAGAGUCGGGAGGUUUCAGCCGCUGGAAGAGUGCACUAGUAGACCACGUGGUCAGGAGUCCCAGAGAACUGCUGAAGUUGAGCGUGCCGUCCAUAGUGUACGCCAUCCAGAACAACAUGGCCUUCAUCGCCCUGAGCAACCUGGAUGCAGCGGUGUAUCAGGUGACGUACCAGCUGAAGAUUCCGUGCACGGCCCUGUGCACAGUGCUCAUGUUGCAUCGCUCUCUCAGCCAGCUGCAGUGGUUCUCUGUCUUCAUGCUGUGUGUCGGCGUCACGCUUGUGCAGUGGAAGCCUGCAGAACUCACUAAAGUUCAGGUGGUGCAGAGCCCAUUUAUAGGGUUUUUUGCUGUUGCCAUAGCCGUCCUCUGUUCCGGGUUUGCAGGUGUAUACUUUGAGAAGGUGCUGAAGAGCUCAGACACAUCGCUGUGGGUGCGAAACAUUCAGAUGUACCUGUCUGGCAUCCUGGUGACAGGGAUCGGCGUCUACCUGACAGAUGGGCCACAUGUGAUGGCUCAGGGCUUCUUCUAUGGAUACACCCCCUGGGUGUGCCUCGUGGUCUUUCUGGCGAGCGUGGGAGGCCUGUACACCUCAGUGGUGGUGAAAUACACUGAUAACAUUAUGAAGAGCUUCUCAGCCGCUGCAGCCAUCGUGCUGUCUACCGUUGCCUCAGUCCUGCUGUUUGGUCUCCAGAUCACUGUGACUUUUGGCACUGGAGCCCUGCUCGUCUGCAUCUCCAUUUACCUGUACGGUUUGCCCAAGCAGGACACCAGCGUGCUGGCAAGACCUGAUGCCAGUAAGCCCACCCGGGAGAAGAUAAUCCCCAUGUGACGGACCGUCUGAGAGAGGAGCAGGGCCGUGGUUGGGGAGAGGGGAGAGGGGAGCCCCUCCCGUGCAUGCUCUGCUGUUUCCUCUUUACCAACAGAAUGCAAGACUUUGGCUUUCUUACUGAACUUCCUGAAAGGCCCUAUUGGAGCCUGUCUGUGCGCUGACGUGAGUGUGUGCCCGAAACAGCCAGAACCGGGAAAACCGCUCAUGCGAGAAGUCAGCUGUCUUCUCCCUAGUGCAGUGACUUUUUUUAAAUUUAUUUUUUGUUUAAUUUGUCGAUAAGGAAAAGAAGAGUCGUUAUGUCUAAUUCAGAACAGGAUCAUGUUGUCCCUAGCUGGAGAGUUAACAGCUGUGUUUUCACAUUCACCAUCUUCCAAGCAACCCGCCCUCAUCAGUGCCAAACUCAGAACUGUAGAAGAUCGUGACCCUACUGGGCUGAACCAGUGUGUAUUUACUUGGGUAAACGUAUUUAUGGAAGAAGGAAUCUUUACUGGAACAGUAUCAUGUAUGCAUUCUACCACAAACUAUACGGUUUACUCAUUAAUAUUUACAUUUUUUAUUAUGUUUUUUGUAAUGGGAUGCUUUUAGUGAUGGAACACCAAUCAAUCAAAUCACUCAGCGGCUAUAAGAUGCCAGUCAGAGGGUGAGGUGAAACUAAAUGCUCCAGCUGGUCACAUGCACAGGUUUCAACAUAUCACAGGUGUGCUGUAGUUACACAAGGUGACUGUCAGUACGCAACUGUUUAUAACAGUGCCGUGUGUGUGUGGCACCACAUGACUUGUUAUACCAGUGACGCGUGUUUCAGCCCAUGACUGGUAUUAAAGGUGGUGUAUGUCGGCAGGUGUUCAUGGUUAUAACGUGACUGUGGCAGCUUGUGACUGAUUAUAACAGUGACUGGGUGUGUGCGAGUGUGCAACUAGUUAUAACUGACUGUGUGAGCGUGUGACUGGUUAUAACUGAGUGUGUGAGAGCGUGCGACUGGUUAUAACAGUGACUGAGUGUGCAACUGGUUAUAACUGAGCAUGCGACUGGUUAUAACUGACUGAGCAUGCGACUGGUUAUAACUGUGACUAGUUAUAACAGUAACUGAGCACAAGAGCACGCAACUGGUUAUAACAGUGGCUGUGUGUGUGUGAGUGAGAGCGUGCGACUGGUUAUAAUUGAAGUGAGGAGUGUUGGACAUGGAGGAGGACAGACCAGCUUCACAUACUUGUCUGAAUGAAACCUUGGUUACAGUUGUAGGACUUCAAAUAUUCUACAGAUGAACUCGUGCAAUUUUAUAUGAUGCAAUAAAGAUCAUAUAAAAUAUGUUUAUAUGCACCUUUAAACAUGACUCAUCUGAAAGCUUUGUAUUACAAUUAAACAAAAAACCAAAACAGAAUCAUGUCUAACAUAACCUUUUAGUUUUAGUUCUGCAUUACUGGUUGAGCUAUAGAACACCUAACAUAAGUCAUUGUAGACUUAUAUGUGUGUUUGUAAAAAAAAAAAUAAAAAAAAAAUCCUGACUAAUAUAUUAUUGGUAACUGACAUCAGCAGAAUACAGACUUUUACUGAUGUACGAGUAAGUGAUCAUGAUGUCAACAUAUUGCUGGUAUAAGACAGACCUGAAUGAGCCCAGUUACACUGUUAAAUAUCUGGAACACAAUUAAAGGCACGUGUAGUAUUAUUAA